AUGCGUUUACUGCGAACGUUAAGCUUUGUCCUUCGCACGUCAUCCCGCCAUAGUUGUACUUCCUCAACUGUUUCUUUAAACCAAAAGAUUAAUGGCUACAUACGUAACGGAAAUUUAAAUGAGGCGCGUAAAUUGUUCGACCAAAAUUCCAACUUAAGAAACGUUAUCUCGUGGAACUCAAUGAUCAAUGGAUACAUCAAAAUCCGCCAAAUCCAACAAGCCCAGAACCUAUUCGACGAAAUGCCCCAAAGAGACGUUGUCUCAUGGAAUACUAUGCUUUCAGGAUUUCGGGAUACACAAAAACCGCAAAAGGCACACCGGCAUUUCCUAGAAAUGAUGAGAAAAGGGCCGAGACCCCAAGAGCUCACCUUUGCUGUACUUAUUAGUGCUUUCUUGAAUACGGAGUUUGAUGUCUUAAUCCGACAGCUUCAUUGUCUUGUUAUAUGCUCAGGGCUUAAUCUGAAUGUGUUUCUUGGGUCUGCUUUAAUGAGGGGUUAUAUUGCUUUUGGUGAUUGUGAGGAUUUCUGUAGAGUAUUUGAUGAGAUUUUAGAGAAAGAUGUGGCUCCCUGGAAUGUGUUAAUUUUGGGUUAUAUGGAAUUUGGGUUUAUAAAUAAAGCUCAGAGGGCUUUUGACGUGAUGCCUGAGAAAAACGCAUAUUCUUGGACAAAUGGAAUAUCCAAAUUGCAACAAGAUCAUCCUGCUGUGUGUUCAAUGUUGUCCAAGAUAUAUGGUGAAAAUGGAGUUUGGGGUAGAGUGAAUGAGCUAAAGAAGUUAAUGAGAAAAGGGCAUGCUAGAAAGCAGAAGGCUGGAAGUUGGAUUGAAUCUCGGCAUGCUUUCAUCUGA